CAUGUUUUGAUAUACUUUUUUUAUUUUUUUAUACAGGUUUUACGUAAAACAUGCGACAAUGACAAAGAUUGUCGGAAAGCUGCCCGGAAGCUGGGUGAGCUUGGGGUGACUAGCGGCGGUUCCAUCCUUGUCAGUCAAGCGGUUAUCGUCGGUCCAUACAAAUCCGACAACUUCACAACCAUUACUGAUGCAAUAGCAGCAGCACCUAAUAACGCUAGACCGGAGGAUGGUUACUUUGUCAUAUACGCAAGGGAAGGUGUCUACGAAGAAUAUAUCGUUGUUCCAAUCAACAAAAAGAAUUUAUUGCUUAUGGGAGAUGGAAUCAAUAAGACGAUCAUUACGGGGAACCAUAAUGUUGUUGAUGGUUGGACUACGUAUAAUUGCUCGAGCUUUGCGGUGACUGGAGAACGGUUCAUGGCAGUUGAUGUUACAUUCAGAAACACAGCUGGACCUGAGAAGCAUCAGGCCGUGGCCUUGAGAAACAAUGCGGAAGGAUCCACUUUCUACCGGUGUAGUUUUGAAGGCUAUCAAGAUACUCUCUACGUCCAUUCUCUUAGACAGUUCUAUCGCGAAUGCGAUAUAUAUGGUACCAUCGAUUUUAUAUUUGGAAACGCAGCUGCAAUCUUUCAAAACUGCAAUAUAUAUGCUAGAAAACCAAUGGCAAAGCAGAAGAAUGCAAUUACAGCCCAUGGAAGAACCGAACCAAACCAAAACACUGGAAUCUCUAUCAUCAACUGUACCAUCAAAGCCGCACCAGAUCUAGCAGCUGAUCCUACCUCAACCAUGACGUUCCUAGGACGGCCAUGGAAGCCUUACUCAAGGACGGUUUUCAUGCAAUCAUAUAUUAGUGACAUUGUUCAACCAGUGGGAUGGCUCGAAUGGAAUGGUACCACUGGAUUAGACACGAUUUACUACGGCGAGUAUGAUAACUUCGGACCAGGGGCAAAGACAGACCGGAGAGUGCAGUGGUUAGGGUACAAUUUAUUGGACAUGGCACAAGCGAUGAACUUCACGGUUUACAACUUUACCCUGGGAGAUACUUGGUUGCCUCAAACCGAUAUUCCAUUCUAUGGUGGUUUGGUUCGCAAAGAAUGAUAAUCACAUCAUAUAAGAUAAUUUUUAUAUAUGCACUUCCUCAUUUAAUUAUAAAGCAAUAAAUAUUCAUUUCUUCUAAGUAUUGGAGUCUUGAUUUUUGGUGUUUAGUUAUACAAUUAAUAAAAUCAUUUUAUCAGUCGAA